AUGAUGACUUCAAACAUAGCAGAAUCAAUAAAUUCGGCGAUCCUAGCUGCAAGGUCAUUACCAAUUACAACAAUGAUUGAGUGCUUUAGAAGCCCUGUCCAAAAAUGGGUGUGCAAAAAUGGCAAUGAAGCACAUGGAAUAUUUACCGAAGUAGCAUCAGAUGCUGAAAAACUACUGAGAGACAAUUUGCUUAAGGCAAUGAAAUACCAGGUCAUCGCAAUCACAACAAUCCAAUACCAAGUGAAGGUGCAAGAAAAAGGGGAUUUCACAAUCAACAUACUAGAAAGAACAUGCAGCUGCAGAAGGUUCCAACUAGAUGAGAUACCAUGCUCACAUGCAAUAGCUGUAUUUGCAAAAGAGGAUUAA